AGUAAGGGCUUCUAUGCGCUUUGGGAGUGUUUCCCAUUUAAACAAACACAGCUAGUGCUGAAGAUGGCGGAGCUUUCAGAAGUGGCUUAAAGCAGCUGGCGUGUUUCGGUGGACGCAUAUUUUAACCGGUGCUGUUGUGGCCUUGCUGAACACAGAUGCACUCCUUGACUGGAUUUUUAAGUAGAGCUUCCACAGUGUCACAGAAAGGAUGUGAAGAGGAGUGGAGUGGAUGUCGUCUUCUACACUACUGCAAAAGUGCUGAUAUGUGUUGAAGAUGAGUGGAGUUGGAGAGAACUCUCUGGAGCCGCUGUGCUCUGACCGAAAACGCAAACUCUCCACAUGUGACACACCUGGUUUAGGGUGUGAUAAGCGUCGGAGAGAGCAGGAAUGCAAGUACAUUGAGGAACUGGCUGAGCUGAUCUCGGCCAACCUCAGCGACAUUGACAGCUUCAACGUCAAACCGGACAAAUGCGCCAUCCUUAAGGAGACAGUGCGGCAGAUACGGCAGAUCAAAGAGCAAGGAAAAGGCUCAUGUGGCGAUGACGAUGUCCAGAAGGCAGACGUGUCUUCUACAGGUCAGGGGGUCAUUGACAAGGACCAUCUGGGCCCUCUACUGUUACAGGCCCUGGAUGGGUUCCUGUUUGUGGUGAAUCGUGAGGGCAACAUUGUUUUUGUGUCUGAUAAUGUGACUCAGUACCUGCAGUACAAACAGGAGGAGCUCAUCAACACCAGCGUCUACAACAUCCUGCAUCAGGACGACAGAGAAGAACUCCAGAAAAACCUGCCCAAAGGCAAUGGACCUAAUGGCAUUUCGUGGGCUGGGGAUGCCUCUCGCCAGAAGAGCCACACCUUUAACUGCCGCAUGCUGGUGAAGUUUGGCCAUGGAGGUCCUGGUGGAGAGGAGGUUGCUGGCAGGUCGCGUUACGAGACCAUGCAAUGUUUCGCCCUCACACAGCCUAAAGCCAUGAUGGAGGAAGGGGAAGACCUGCAGUCGUGUAUGAUCUGUGUGGCUAGACGAGUGACUGCAGUGGAGCGGACAGAGAGAUUCACCACCAGACAUGAGCUCUCAGGCAAGCUGAUUGAAAUAGAACAGCAGAAUACAUUACAUACCACCAUGCGCCCUGGCUGGGAGGAUCUGGUGCGCAGGUGUAUGCAGAUGUUUCUCAAUCGCAGUGAAGGCCAGCCCUGGUCCUACAAACGGCAUUACCAGGAAGCAUACCUACAUGGUCGAGCAGAGACGCCACUGUAUCACUUCUCUCUGUCCGACGGAACACCAGUAACAGCACAGACUCGCAGUGAACUCUGCCGAAACCCAAACACUAACGAGCCCCUCACUUUCCUUUCAACUCACCUAUUGCAGAGAGAGCAGAACAGCUACAGGCCAAACCAGGGAGGUGUAAUGCGGGCCCAGGGCAUAGGAGGUGCUAACCAUAAUUCCCAAAUGAACAUGGCUCCUGGUGGGCAGAUGGGCAUGGGCAGUGCCAGAGGCUAUGGCAUGAAUGACCCAGGGCAUAUAGGACCCAGAGGAGGCCCCAUGUAUGGACCUGGCAACAGAAUGAAUCAGAUGAAUUCAAUGCACCAGAUGAAUCAAAUGAACCAGAUGAACUCUGUGAACCAGAUGGGUGCAAUUAAUCAAAUGAACCAGAUGAAUCAAAUGAACCAAAUGGGUUCUAUGAAUCAAAUGAAUCAGAUGAAUCAAAUGAACCAGAUGAAUCAGAUGGGACACCCAGGAAUGAAUCAGCACCAGCAACACUUCCACGGUGGGGGGUAUGGCCUAGGCAUGACAAGUCCAUCCCAUAGCAGCCCAGGUAUUAAUCCCUCUCAGCAGAACAUUAUGGGUUCUCCACGGAUACGAGGAAGCCCCAAGAUGGGAGCCAGCCCCUUCUCUCCAGGAGGUAUGCAUUCUCCGAUGGGACCUGUCAGCAUGGGUGCCAGUACGGGCUCCGCAGGUCCACCAGGUGGCAGCACUUUUUCAAGCAGCUCACUCAAUGCCUUGCAGGCCAUUAGUGAAGGAGUGGGCUCCUCCCUCCAGUCUGCUCUCACGUCCCCUCCACACAAAUCUGACAGUUCCCCCAACAUCAACUCCAAUCAGUCCAGUCAGCCGAGCCAGUCCGGGGCAAGCAAAGGCACUUGUACUGGCGAUUCAAAAAGCCCCGGUGUUGCUCACAGCUUGGGAGCUGACCAGCAACAAGCUACUCCAUCUGAGACCGGAAUGGAUAAGCCAGAUAGCCAGUCCAGUAAAGAUGGUGGACCCGGGGCCGACAGCAGUCGGAGGGCUGUAGACGGAAAGGGCCAUAAGAAGCUGCUCCAGCUGCUAACGUCCCCACCAGAAGAGCUCACACUGGCAGCAGGAAGUGGCGGACCUCCUGGCCAUCCCUCCACACCCCUGGGUAUGGAUUCAAAAGAACCAGGCAGCUGCAUGACCAGCCCUACUUCCACGGGUGUAUCUUCAUCGUCUUCAGCUUCGUCAUCAGGGCAACAGGGUUCUGGAUGUGUGUCCUCUACUGGCUGCAUGGGAGGACACCUCUCAUCCCACUCACUGCAGGAGAAGCACAAGAUUCUUCACAAGCUACUACAGAAUGGCAAUACCCCGGACGAUGUAGCCCGCAUCACAGCCGAGGCCACAGGGAAGGUCACCCUGGGUUCCGAACAUCCGGGCACGGAGAGCACUGGCCCAGAGAUAAAACAGGAACAGCAUAGUCCGAAAAAGACACACGCUCUGCUCCACUACCUCCUGAACAAGGACGACUCCAAGGAGCCCAACAUUGGUGAGGGCAAGCCAGGAUUGGAUGAGCUGGAGAGUCGAGGAGUUGGCACAGGGCCUGGGUCAGGAGUCACAACCUCUAAUUCAAGGUGUCAGGAUGCCAAAGUCAAGAUAGAGCCAUCUGAUGAGCUGGAGAGCCUGGAGAGCAUUUUAGGAAGUCAGACGAAACCCGGUUCUGGAAUGUUUGCUGAUUCUAGACCUGGAAGUGGGUCUGAUGGAGAAAGCAAGAAAGGGAAUGGACCCAACAACACUGCACAUGAUCGAGAGGGUGGAGGAAUGGGGCCUGGAACCCGUGUACCCUUUCAGAGGGCAGCAUCUAUGGACAGUAAACCGCUCAGUGGGGCAGGAGUAACGGGCAGGCGAAGUGCCCCUUCCUCUCUCAUCAAACAGGAGAGCUUGGACAGCCAUAUCGGCAUGGGAGGUCCCAACAGACAAAUGGGCAUGAACCACAUGCCGGCCAUGAUGAGGUCAGGUGACUGGAGGAUGCAGGGCCCCAGUGCCAGCCCAGGGGGCUCCAGUGGUCACCCAGGUAUGGGCUGCCCAGGUGUUGAUCCAAAUCCCAAGGGAAUGAUGGGAGGCCCAUUGAUUAACAGAUCCAACAGUGUACCUGCUCCCAGAUCCAUGCUACAGCAGCAGCUAAUGGACAUGGGUCCAAAUGAUUUGGGAAUGGGUGUCAAUGCCUUCAGAGGGCAGCCGCACCCCCCUCGGUCUCCCUCAUGGUCUGACUGUGGGAUGGGUCUGGAGGGAGGCCACAAUGGCAACAGCAUGCCAUUUGCCAACCCGCUGGAUGAUCUCCUGGUUCCUCCAGCAACUAGUGAAGGGCAGAGUGAUGAGCGGGCUCUGUUAGACCAACUGAACUCUCUACUCAACAACACAGACGUCAUCGCUCUGGAGGAAAUCGACCGGGCACUCGGGAUACCAGACCUCGUCAGCCAGGGCCACAGUGCAGACCAACCACCCACUCCCACAGACAAUUUCCCUGGCCCUGACUCAGCCAUGUAUGGGGCGGGUUACCCAGAUCCCCCUUCCAUGGGCAUGCAGGGAGGCUAUGGGCCUGGACCCAGCCCUGGCCCUGGUCCUGGUGCUGGUCCUGGUCCUGGUCCUGGUCCUGGCCCCGGCCCCAUGCAGGGCCAACCUGGGUCUGGUUUUAACCCCAUGAUGGCUCAAAUGGGCGGAAUGGGAGGCAUGCACCCCCGUGCUAUGAUGCGUCCACGAAUGAUGAACGCAACUAAGCCUCUCAGAUUGCAGCUUCAGCAGAGACUACAGGGACAACAGUUUAUGAACCAGACCCGACAGGGAAUGGGGAUCAAGAUGGAGAAUGCACCUGGAGCAAACCCUGGAGUGAGGCCUGGCAUGCAGCCCGGGAUGGGGGGACAGCCUGGUUUUCUGAAUGCUCAGAUGAUGGCUCAGCGGAGUCGAGAGAUGAUGACUCUGCAGAUGAGGAGGCACAGGAUGAUGAUGAUGAUGCAGCAGCAGCAACAGCAGGCUGCAUCUGGAGGCUUCAGCCCCCCUCCUAAUGUUACCGCCCCCACAGGCAUGGACAACCCAAUGGGAGGAGCCUCCAUGAACCAGCCAGGGCAGCAGCCAUUUAACUAUGGUGGGAACUAUGGGAUAGGCCAACAAGGGGACCCCUCCUUCGUGGGCACUGGCAGUAGCCCUCCUAAUAUGAUGCCUGGCCGCAUGGGAGGCCCUCAGAAUCCCAUGAUGCAGCAGCACCCUCAGAGUGGCCCCAUGUACCAAUCAGCAGAGAUGAAGGGCUGGGGGCAAGGAGGCAUGCCCAUUAACAGUUCAUACCCUCAGCAGCAGCAGUUCCCACAGCAGGGGGCGCCAUCGCAAUAUGGAGGGGUGAUGAUGAACGGGGCCAUGCAGGGAGGAGUGAAUGGGCCAGGACAGAUGCCUCCAAUGCAAGGGCAAAUGGGCAUGAAUGCUAUGGGCAUGGGUCGCAUGCCACUGGGUCCUGAACAGAAGUACUUGUAGCAGGAAGCCACCUCAGUGAGAGUAAAGGAGAAGAAACUCCUAAUCACUCAUCAAAGCAGCAGCCGACAGUGUGUCUGCCGAGCUGCUGCUGUGAAUGGACACACGACCCUUGCAAUGAUCAAGCUGGGACUAAGAGAGAGAGACUGAAAUGGACUCCCUCCCAGCUCAGUGUGUGUGUGUGUGUGUGUGUGUGUGUGUGUGUGUGUGUGUGUGCGCGCAUGUGUGCGUGCACGAUAGAGGGUGAGAGCAAAGGGGACGUCCAUUUGCAGCUAAGUCCCCUCUCUCAUAGGACUGUGUGGCUGUAAACGCAGUACUUGACGUAACCACCAGAAGGCGCUUCUUUCUUGCUGUGGAACUAAACAGGGGUGGGUUAUGGUACAGCAGCUGACUAGGUGGGGAUGCACUUUAAUGCUAAUAAGGCUAAUAAGAAAAAGGAUGUUUGCAAUAUUUCUUGCUCAUUCUAGCCUUAUCGAAAGACUCCAUAUGUUUAGCAUUGACUUUCUAAAAUCCAUUGUUUUUUUUUUCCCCAACUGGUUUUAUCAGAAUUCUUGUUUUCAGGACAGGCCUACUUCGGUUUUACACUAUAUGCAGAUCUGAGCAAUAAACCUCUUCACUAUGCCAUACAUGCUAAAUGGUGCGUCAGUCAAAAAAGCAAAAGGUACUGCAGUAUUAAAUGGGCUUUCUUUUUUUUUUGUUUUAUAUGUGAAUAAGACUGGACUUGUACAUGCUGUGCACUCCAGAUGUAUCAUACGUGCUCUUAUUAUAUACUGUACAUUUUUUUUCAUGCACAGAUGUUGGUCCACAUUUGGUCCCUUCUAUUAUUUUAGGUCAAUAUUCACUUUGGGUUUAAUGCUAUUUUACUUUUUGUCAAAGGGAGAGCAUUUUAUGAAUGCGGUGGAGAAUCUGGGAAGAGGAAAGGCGAUUUUCCUGAUCUUUCUCUGCGAGCUACCUGUUACUAUUGUUAAUGUUUUCACGUUUCAACUGCAUUUUACUGCUGGGUUCUUCAUAAAUCUACCUUUAAGAAACUUGCACAAUCCAAAGAUAUAUUUCAUUGUUUUGUUGAGUUCUUGGCUUUGACGGUAGUUGUUUGUUGUGCAAAUGCACAGAGUGCUGGUACAUAUCAUAUAAACCGAUUAUGAUUUUGUACUACAUGCUGUAUACAGAACCAAGUGUAACUAUUUUAAUUUCAAGGCCAGUUGAUACAGCAGUAUUUGUGCAUUUGGAGGCUGUCUUUUUUUUUUUUUUUUUUUUUUUAAUAACAAUCCAAAUGAACUACCACCUGCAACAUAUCAGUUAUUUUCUUUUCCUGGAACGUUCUUAACCUAUUCAGUCAGGAAGACAACUUUUGUUUUGUGUUUAUUUUUGAUAGCCUAGAUUAUGUCGGAUCACGAUGAAAUAUAUUUAGAAAUGAGAGAUGCAGAAAUGGUCUUUCUGUUUUGUUUGAGUCAUGGGAAGGGGUCUAACUUAUGUAGAGGAGGGGGCAGAUAAACUGACGUUUUACAGGAUGUAAAUUACUAUACAUUUUAUUGUUUUCCUUGAUGUUGAUAUUGUUGUAAAUAAAAUUUAUAUUUAAACAUGA